AUGACACCUACGAUUCAAGUCCCGGUGCCGAAUCGCACUCAGCCCUUUUGGCUACAGGAGAGGCAUGCCCUCACUGACCACGUCGCAGCACAAGAGGUACCCACAGAAGCAGACAUCGUCAUUGUAGGAUCAGGGAUCUCAGGGGCGACUUGCGCACACUACCUGUACAAGGAAUUGCAGAAAAGGGGAUCCUCAAGCCGACAGCUGAAAGUGGUGUUGCUGGAAGCCGAUGCGUUGUGUGAGGGAGCUACAGCCAGAAAUGGCGGCCAUUGCAAACCUCUGGCUUUCCUAGGUUUCCGAGCAGAUGCCAAGAGACACGGCACCAAGGCAGCUAAUGAUGCUCUGGUGUUCGAAGCUUCGCAUCUCGCACGCUAUACCUCCAUUGUCCAAGAAGAGUCACUCGACUGUGACCUUUACGCCACUCGGGCGUUUGACAUCUUCUUUGAUGCGGAGGACGCAGAGCAGGGCAGACUAGACUACGAGGCUAGGAAAGAGCUCUUCCCGCAAGCAAUGCAGGAUGCCGACAUUCGAGCGGUGUAUGAUCGGGAGGAGCUUUGCCGCUUGAGUGGAGUGAAGGGAGGUCUGUGGGGAGCCCAUUAUCCGGCUGGUCAUCUGUGGCCGUACAAGUUCUGCACACAGCUGAUUGAGAAGCAAAUACAGAGAGGGCUCCAGCUCUACACGCAUACGCCGGUUCAGUCAAUCGAAAGCCCCAGUUCAGGCGUACAUCUCGUGCAUACCCCUAGAGGUACGAUCCAGGCCAAGUCCAUCAUCAUCACAACCAAUGGCUACACAGCCCAUCUCCUCCCUGAGCUGGCAGAGAAGAUCAUCCCGGUCCGAGGUACAGUCUGCAGCAUCACGCCUGCUCCCUCGCACCAGCUUGGCUCCUCGCCAGGUCCAUUCCGCUACACAUACGGCAUGCGUAAGAGGGCCGGCGAGUCAGACUACCUCAUCCCUCGUCAGGGUCGUGGCUUGUCUGGCGUUGGUGACCAAAGCAUCAUCCUCGGUGGGGCCAAGGGGGUCUUCCUGGCCAAGACGGAGGAGUGGUACAACAACGUAAGGGAGGACCAGCUGAUUUCCGGAACAAGGGAGUAUUUCGAAAAGUUCAUGAGCCACAGGUUUGAUGGCUGGAGCCAAGGACACCAAAGCAUCGACCGCAUUUGGACGGGAAUCCUCGGAUACUCCACCGAUCUGCUUCCAUUCAUAGGUGCACUCCCUACUCGUCCAGAGGGCAUCUUCCUCUCAGCAGGCUUUACGGGCCACGGCAUGCCCCGUAUCCCCGGGUGUUCCGCGGCUAUCGUCAAGCUUGCAUUGGCUCACUUCGAGGGCAGACAGCUAGCCUCUGCACAAGCAGCGUUCGAGGAAGUGCUUCCCGCGCCGUACCUCCUGACGCAGAAGAGAUUGGACGAAAAGGAAAAUCUCAUUCUUGGGUAUAUGGGCCACCAAGGCGGCCAAGAGGCAGAAAUGACCCCCGCGGAAGAGGGGACCGCUCGUGCACACUUGUAA